AGCACACGUUGGACUGUCAGUUGCAGAAAUCGGCGUGCUCAUUUGUUUUGUGUUAAUUUUUUGAGCAAAAAUACUGAAAUAAUCGUUUUCUCGUUCGUAUUUUACUUUUAGGUCUAGCAAAUUAAUUAAUUCAACAUGUUUUGGGGUCUAAUUAUGGAGCCGCAAAGACGGUACACUCAACAAGUAAAAAAAGCGUUUCACAUCUCGAUGGCUUCACUUGAUGUUGCAGCAUCUUCGGAGGAAGUUUCCCAAGUAAUGUGCGGUUAUGAGGGCAAAAACUAUCUUUUGUGCACUUUGAAAAAACCGAAUGUGCUACAGUGCCCUCUCGAUUUAAAUUUUGAGGUCGGCUCGGAGGUGUCUUUCGCCGCGAACGGCAAAUGCCACAUCCACCUCACCGGAUACCUCACCGACGACCUCCAAAACCUCGACGACGAGCAAGCGGAAGAAGAAGAAGAGAUCGACGGCGACGAAGCCGAAGAAGACGACGACGUCGUCGUCGAGGAAGAGCAGGAAUCGAACCCGGGCAAGAAACGCAAGCAAAAGAACACGGAAAUCCCCUCCGGAAAGAAAUCCAAAGUCGGUAAAGUUUCCAGCAGUCAAGACGACGAUUUAGACAGCGAAAUCGAGGUCGAAGAAGAAGAAGAAGACGAGGAUAGCGAAAGCGACACCGACGAGUUGGAGGAGGACUCCUCGGCCGAGGAGGAGGAAGAAGAAGAACCGAAAGUGGCGAGCAAGAUGAACGGCGACGCCAAAAAGAAGGAGAAAGAGGCCCUCAAGCAAAAACAACAGCAACCGCAAAAGGAGAAAGACUCCAACAAGAAGCGCGUUCUCCAAGGGGGCGUGGUGGUGGAGGAGAUCAGGGAGGGGCAGGGGAAGCCGGCGAAGAGCGGGAGGUACGUGACCGUUUACUACGAGGGAAGGUUGAAGUCGAACAACAAGAUGUUCGACUCGAACACGAAAGGUGCGGGGUUCAGUUUCAGGUUGGGGAGCGGGGAGGUGAUCAAGGGGUGGGACGUCGGGGUGGCCGGCAUGAAACCCGGGAGCAAGAGGAGGAUCGUCUGCCCACCGAACAUGGCUUAUGGGGCCAGAGGUUCUCCCCCCACAAUCCCCCCAAAUUCUACUUUAGUAUUUGAAGUUGAACUCAAAAAAAUUAGUUAGGUCUAUUUAGUAUUUUUUAUUUUUGUAUAUUUGUUUUAUGUUUUGAAUGUGACUGCUUGAGUGAGAAAAUCCCCACCACAUUUCAGCUCUACCAACUGUUUAAAUUAAAAAGUCACUUGAUUUUUUUACUCAUUAAUAAUUACUAUUCCCACUUUUAUGUUUGUGUUAUUUUCCAUUAAAAUAAAAUUAUUUUAAGAUAAAUAUAAAGUUUUUUGGUAUUUUCCUUCAAAAUUCGUUAUAUUUCUACUAAAAAUUAUAAAAUGUGAA